AUGCCGGGCUGGGAUCGAGGUGCGCAGGCGCUGGUACUCAGCUGCAUCGACCCAAUCACCCGGCGGGAUACGUGGCCCGUUUGGACACUUUCCGAUCCCUUGGAGGUGGAGCUUGGGCAAGAGUUACAGUACAAGUACGUCAUCAUCCGCGGGACGCGUCGGGACAAGCUCCGCUGGGAGACCGAUGGCGUCGGGAAUCACCGUCGUCUCCAAGUCAGCGAGGAGAUGCUCCUCAGCGGAACCUGGGAUGAUGGGCAGUUUGGCCAUGUCCCUGGGCAGCCACCGAGACAGCACGCCAAGAGGCUGGUCCAAGACCAGGACGUCCCGGGCAGCGAAACGGUCGGUGCAAUCCUUCCGCCGAUGGAGCGAAAGCGGCAGAUCGGCAAAGGCAAGCAGGGUGCCUGCUACCUGGUCGACGUCGCCGGCACACCCGCAGUUCUGAAGGAGCUGAAGGGAGGGCGCAGCGCUUUCAAGGCAGAGCUGCGAGCGCUGCAGCUGCUGCAGGAUGCAUCGGCUGUGACACGAGGGGCCAUUCCAGCACUGCUGGGCUUCGACACUGUGUUUUCCAGUGCCUUGAAGACGAAGCGCAUCUAA